UCAUAAUUUCCAACAGUCAAUGACUGUAUUAACUGGCUAGACGGUCCGGUUAUCGCGUUCGAAAGUGCAUGGUACCGAAAAUAACCUCGCUCUCGCUCGGCCGCUCGCAAAACAAACGCACGCAAUGACGGAGGUAGUGGUGGCUAUCGACGAGGAGCAAUUAGUCGCCCGGAUCUCCAAUCUCAUCGCACGUGCCGCCGAUGACGCAACCUCGCGCGAUGAUCGAAUCUUUCGCUUCGGAGUAUCAGGUGACUUUAGAAAUUUUUACAUUUUCAUUUUCACCUCGUUGCAUGCUGCGGCUAUUUUUGUAGCCGAGAACGCGGCGAAGGAUUACAUUAAAAAAAUGGCCUUCUUCUUCCCGCCGGACAGAUUACCGAGAUUCGAUUGCUUGCUGUUGGGCUUGGGUCAAGAUGGACAUACAUGUUCGCUGUUUCCGGGUCACCGGGCCCUCGACGACGAAAAUAUGUGGGUCACGUGGGAGCUGAAUGCACCAAAACCACCACCUAGUAGGAUUAGCCUCACCAUGCCGGUCAUUAAUAAUGCUCGCAUGUGUAUGUUUAUUGUCACAGGCGCCAGCAAAGCCGAGACCGUCAAAAGGAUCUUGAGAGACAAGGAAGAUUUGCCAGCUACUAGAGUGGAACCAAUUGAUGGUACUCUUUUCUGGCUGCUCGAUCAAGAAGCGGGCAGACUACUCAAUUCAGACUGAAACACAAGGUGGGCUAAAGACCACUACAAGAUUCACAUCGACUUUAUAACAUUCCAUAUAUUAAAACAAGUUUUGUAAUUCUACUUUUUCUCUAAAUUUUUCUUUAACUCUAUAUUUUAAUAUGCAUUUUUUUCACUGCAAUUUACUAUUAAAGUCGAUAGAAUAUUUAAAUAAGCGUGCUCGUACCAAAGGCGUGCGAAAAUGACUCGUGAGAAAGUUGAAGACAACUUUCGAUUGAUAUUGCUCAACAUGUCGUUUAUAUAAAAGAAAAAUGUGCAAGCUUUGUUAAGCUCGUAAAUCAACAUGCAUAUUGUAAAAAGGCAAACAAUAUUUAAUAAGAAAAUAAUAAAAUUUGCAUUUUGAAAAAAAA